ACGCGUCCCGGGAAGGGACUAGGUCAUCGGCAGACCCGCGUUCCGGCAGAGGCGGGCCGCGCCCGGCGGGGCGCUCGCUCUCCGCUUCGGCGGCUCCCUCGCCGACUUCCCGGCGCCCUGUGCACGCCGCGCGGGGGCGCGGGCGCGGGCGGGGGCGCGGGGCCGAGGCGCGCAGCAUGGAGUGGGGUUACCUGUUGGAAGUGACCUCGUUGCUGGCCGCCCUGGCGCUGCUGCAGCGCUCGAGCGGCGCGGCCGCCGCCUCGGCCAAGGACCUGGCGUGCCAGGAAAUCACCGUGCCGCUGUGCAGGGGCAUCGGCUACAACUACACGUACAUGCCCAACCAGUUCAACCACGACACGCAGGACGAGGCGGGCCUGGAGGUGCACCAGUUCUGGCCGCUGGUGGAGAUCCAGUGCUCGCCCGACCUCAAGUUCUUCCUGUGCAGCAUGUACACGCCCAUCUGCCUGGAGGACUACAAGAAGCCGCUGCCUCCGUGCCGCUCGGUGUGCGAGCGCGCCAAGGCCGGCUGCGCACCCCUCAUGCGCCAGUACGGCUUCGCCUGGCCCGACCGCAUGCGCUGCGACCGGCUGCCGGAGCAGGGCAACCCCGACACGCUGUGCAUGGACUACAACCGCACGGACCUGACCACAGCCGCGCCCAGCCCGCCGCGCCGCCUGCCGCCGCCGCCCCCGGGUGAGCAGCCGCCGUCUGGCAGCGGCCACGGCCACGGCCACGGCCGCCCGCCCGGGGCCAGGCCCCCGUCCCGCGGCAGGGGCGGCGGCGGCGGCGGGGACGCGGCGGCGCCCCCCACGCGCGGCGGCGGCGGCGGCGGGAAGGCGCGGCCCCCUGGCGGCGGCCCUGCGCCCUGCGAGCCGGGCUGCCAGUGCCGCGCGCCCAUGGUGAGCGUGUCCAGCGAGCGGCACCCGCUCUACAAUCGCGUCAAGACCGGCCAGAUCGCCAACUGCGCGCUGCCCUGCCACAACCCCUUCUUCAGCCAGGACGAGCGCGCCUUCACGGUCUUCUGGAUCGGUCUGUGGUCCGUGCUGUGCUUCGUGUCCACCUUCGCCACCGUGUCCACCUUCCUCAUCGACAUGGAGCGCUUCAAGUACCCUGAGCGGCCCAUCAUCUUCCUCUCCGCCUGCUACCUCUUCGUGUCCGUCGGCUACCUGGUGCGCCUGGUGGCGGGCCACGAGAAGGUGGCGUGCAGCGGCGGCGCGCCGGGCGCGGGCGGCACCGCGGGGGCGGGGGGCGCGGCGGCGGCGGCCGCGGCGGGCGCGGGCGCGGCGGGCGCGGGCGCGGGCGGCCCGGGCGGGCGCGGCGAGUACGAGGAGCUGGGUGCCGUGGAGCAGCACGUGCGCUACGAGACCACGGGCCCCGCGCUGUGCACCGUGGUCUUCCUGCUCGUCUACUUCUUCGGCAUGGCCAGCUCCAUCUGGUGGGUGAUCCUGUCGCUCACGUGGUUCCUGGCGGCGGGCAUGAAGUGGGGCAAUGAGGCCAUCGCCGGUUACUCGCAGUACUUCCACCUGGCCGCCUGGCUGGUGCCUAGCGUCAAGUCCAUCGCCGUGCUGGCGCUCAGCUCCGUGGACGGCGACCCGGUGGCCGGCAUCUGCUACGUGGGCAACCAGAGCCUUGACAACCUGCGCGGCUUCGUGCUGGCGCCGCUCGUCAUCUACCUCUUCAUUGGCACCAUGUUCCUGCUGGCCGGCUUCGUGUCGCUGUUCCGCAUCCGCUCGGUAAUCAAGCAGCAGGGCGGCCCCACCAAGACACACAAGCUGGAGAAGCUCAUGAUCCGCCUGGGCCUGUUCACCGUGCUCUACACGGUGCCCGCCGCCGUCGUGGUGGCCUGCCUCUUCUACGAGCAGCACAACCGCCCGCGCUGGGAGGCCACGCACAACUGCCCGUGCCUGCGGGACCUGCAGCCGGACCAGGCGCGCCGGCCCGACUACGCCGUCUUCAUGCUCAAGUAUUUCAUGUGCCUGGUGGUGGGCAUCACCUCGGGCGUGUGGGUCUGGUCUGGCAAGACGCUGGAGUCGUGGCGUGCCCUGUGCACCCGCUGCUGCUGGGCGAGCAAGAGCGCCCCGGGAGGCGGGGGCGCGGGGGGCGCGGCCGCAGGGAGCGCCGGGGGACCUGGGGGCGCCGGGGGCGGGGGCCCGGGCGGCGGGGCGGGAUCCCUCUACAGCGACGUCAGCACCGGCCUGACGUGGCGAUCCGGCACGGCCAGCUCCGUGUCUUAUCCAAAACAGAUGCCAUUGUCCCAGGUCUGAGUGCAGGGGAGGGGGGGGGGGUGGCGAGGAAACCCAGUGCAGCGAAGGGACACUCGAUGGGCUGUGGUUCCCACCCCUUCAUCGUGUUGAUUGCUAUUAGCAUGAUAAUGAACUCUUAAUGGUAUCCAUUAGCUGGGACUUAAAUGACUCACUUAGAACAAAGUACCUGGCAUAGAAGGCUCCCAGACCCAGCCCCCUCUCCUCCAUUGACGCGGGGAGCUCUUCCCGCCAGGCGUUAAUCUGUUGGCAGAGGACGGUGGACUCUGCUGCGUUUGGAGCCCUCGCUGGUUGCCAUGUGCCGAGCUUGAAGCCAGACCUACAGAUUGCACCUGAGGGACCUGUUUCUCUCCCUCGAUCCUGCUACGUAAACUGUUACUCCUAACGUAUCCUAGAGGAGGGAUGACCGCGACCGAAUGGAAUUGCACGGUUUGGGUAUUCUUAGUGACCAGGCAAAUGCCUUAAAUAAACAAACAAGAAAUGUCUUAAUUAUACGCCCCAAGUAAAUACGGGUUUCUUACAUUAGAGGAUGUAUUUAUAUAAUUAUUUGUUAAAUUGUAAAAAUGUGUAAAAUAUGUACAUACCCAAAGAUAUACAGUCUGUACAUUUCUUUUGUAAAAAGUUUAGAGGCCACCCCUGUAAGAACAAAUAUAAGUAUUAUAUUUUGUCAAUAAAAUGACUUUUGAUAAAUGA